ACUCUUUCUGGGAAUGUUCCUGGAAAGACGAGCGCUCCGUCAACAAGGAAAACUAGGAAAGGAAACAAUGCAAAACGAAAAAACUCAGUGCCCAGACUCUAGACUAGUAAAGAGUACACACUGAUAGACUGCCAGGUCGUGCAUUUAGAGGGCAGCUCGUGACAUAUUGUGGAUUGUUUGUUUAAUAUAUCCCUGAAAAUAUCAUACAUCAUGCAGGAUACCAAACAAGUGCUCCAGAUCUUUCGUUGCGCUGUGUGGCUCAAGGCUUCAGUUUGAAUUGCUGAGGACAUGAACUGUUUAACCAGUGCAGGAGUUAGGCUGCAGAAGAUCUUCUGAAAAGGCUGUUUCAAGGGUUAGACCUCUGGGGAUUUCAAGAACGCACUUAGGCUCGUAAAGACUUUGGAUGGGAUACAUACAGCUAGGUGUCUAAAACAGAUUGAGAACCAUCGGAUGCCCAAAUCCUCCGGUGUACCAUUGCCUUCAGGCCCAAUGAUUAUUCCGACCAGUGCCCCCGACAAAUCCCUCAAUGCAGUCUGGCUAAAGGACAGCGAGCUGGAGCCACGUCGAAUUGAGUCAAGAGAGGAUGCCGCACGGUUGCAAAGAGCCAUGUCUCACCUUCAGGAGUCAGGCUGGUACUGGGGCCUCCUGACAGCUGCUCAGGCUAAGCAGGUUCUGAUUGAUGCUCCAGAGGGGACUUUCCUUUUGCGGGACAGCUCCUACCAGGGAUACCUCCUCACCCUGUCUGUGAAGACCAGCCUUGGCCCCACACACCUCCGUAUAGAGUACGCCACUGGCAUGUUUGGCUUCGACUCUGUAAUUGUGGCACGGCCACGACUGCGGCGUUUUGAGGGUGCUGUAGAUCUGGUGCAGCACUAUGCCCUGACUUACAAGCAUCUGGCCACUCAAAAUGACACAGGCGGGGGUAACCCUUCGGUCCCUACAGAGAAAACUCUGCAGCUCAAACUCACCCGGCCCCUCCAUAAAGUCUCCCCUAGUCUCCAGCACCUUUGCCGCAUCACUAUCAACGAGCAUUCUCGCUGUCACCAGGACUUACCCUUGCCUAGGCGGCUACGGGACUUUUUGCUGGAAUACCCUUUUGUGUUGUAGGAAAUGUUAAUCAGAUUUUUUGAUACUCCUGAAUUGUACUGUUAAAUCUGACAAUUUCGAUCAAUGUCCUAAUAUAGUGAUGAAAAUUCAUAUGAAUCAUAAAGAUUUCCGGACCAUAGUCUUGCUGCAAAAGUGGCUGAUCUGAGUGUCCUAUUCAUUCCUAUUUUUUCUGAAUCCUGGAGUGUAACUUGGUCAUUAUCAAGGUUGUGUAGUUUCAGCUGAUCUCACUAACGUUUUUUUUUUUUAAAGACUGUCAUUGUGGUAAUCAAUUUCAGGUCCAACUUAGGUUUCCUUAUAGAUCUUUGAGAUGCUGAAAUAACCAUCUCUUGAACUGAGGAAUAACACAAUAACAAACAGCAAAAUGCUGCUUGUGAAGCUUCCUCAUAACCUUCAACACUGCCUUAUGUGUAAAUGAGUGUGCUUUCUAUCAUGGUUUAUUUGCGACCAUUUUGCAGAGCUAUUUGGAUUUGACAUUGAUCUGUUUUCAUGUGUGACAGUAGCCAAAUUAACUCCAUUAAUAUUGUUGUUCUUUUUUAUGAUGAUCACUGAUCUAUGUCUUAAGGUCGGGGGAAUUGGCCAAUUGAAACAAUAUAAGAAUGCAAUGCGAGAGAGUGUGGCAUGUUUUCUAUUUUUUUGUGGUUAUACUUUGGUUAAGUUGUUUAACAGGGAGCAUUAAAAUCUUGUAUUGGUAAAAAAAAAAUCACUGUCUCUGUUUGUUUAUAAUUUUGGACUUAAAUUAAAUUAAAUAUAGAAUUGUUGUUUUUAGUCAUUAGACUGUAUACGUUCCAGAACAUAUUAGUUACUAUAAGCCUCCUAUGGGAGGCUACAAUAAACCCAAAUGAACCUAGAAGAUAUGCAAAAUUAAUGGACCAUUAUUUGUGUUUCCAUGAAAUGUUCUGCUUUUUAAAUGUGAAAAUCAAGUAUAAGCCUCAUCUAUUUAUUUUGCCACAGAGCAAUUACAUGUUUUUCGAUAAACCAUUUUGUAAUAAAAAUGUGAUCUUUUAUAACUGCC